UAUAUAUAUACACAUACAUCCGAGCUCGGCCGCCAUUAAUGGCAGCAAAUUCGAGACGAUGAUAGCUCCAAAACUGCUGCAGCAAUACGCUCUACGAUGGAAGUCGGCCUCUAAGGAUGUGUUGAGCCACUCCGUCCUCUUCGCUCAAUUUAUUUCCCUUUUGCACAUCACCGAUACCUACAUUUUCUCCCCAAUCCUAGUUUAUGGCCCGAGCAUGCUGCCGACAUUGAAUUUCACGGGCGACGUUUUGCUGGUUGAUAAGCUGUCGCCCUUGCUGGGGAAGGUGGGAAACGGUGACGUCGUUCUGGUGAGAUCGCCGGAAAAUCCUAGGAAGAGCAUAACCAAGCGAAUUGUUGGCGUUGAGGGGGAUACAGUCACCUUCUUGGCGGAUUCCGGCCGCGGUGAUCAGUCUAAUUCGGUGGUGGUACCAAAGGGUCAUGUGUGGAUUCAAGGAGAUAAUAUCUAUGCAUCAAAUGACUCACGAAACUUUGGUCCCGUUCCUUAUGGGUUGGUUUAUGGGAAAGUCUUUUGCAGGGUAUGGCCACCUGAAGACUUUGGACGUUUGCCACAAUAGAGCUAUGAGAAUUGUAAUGUAGUUAUGGGUAUGCCACCGAUACCUGCAACCUGUAACUGAUUCUGGACAAAGAUGCUGCAGUCAAAGCUUCAUCGACAGAAGAGACAAUGUGGUCUGCCCUCAACUCCUCCAAUAGUGAUUUUCAGUUUCCGAACCAAUCAAUACAUGCUUGCAUUUUGUAGCCAGCCGAGCCUCUAACUGUGUCUCGAAAUGGCGCAUAAUGUUACAUUUGCUGAUUACUGAGGUAGUACCUGUUUCAUACUCUACUUCAUUGUUACUUCAGAAAUCUCUGUUUCACUUACACAUGAUUAUUGCUUAUGAUUUUAAGUUAGCGUGUGUAACACAUGAAUCUUACUUUUGCAUUAAUGAUAUAAUUGAUAUUUUUGACCA